UCUCACAGUUCACCAAUAUCUAAUUCUUACUUUUAAAGUCUCUAUAUUUCUCUCUCUUCCUCUAAACUCAAACUAAAGAUACAUAAUUCACAAGAUUAUUAUGGAUAAUUUGGAGAAUGUUGAAGAUUUAACACUUUUGUGGAACUUUGAUGAGCCUUUUGAUGAUCUAAAGAAGCAGCUUCAUUGCUUGACGAUUGAUUUAGCAGAAGCAAGAAAAGAAGCAAUUGAACAAGCUAGAAUUAACAAGGAGAAUGUCAAGAAAUUGAUCCAUCUUUUGGGCGUUGCUUAUAAAGAAAGAGAUGAAGCAAGGAACCAAUUGAACAAACUAUUGAUGGUUAAGCUUCAUACACUCCCCCCUCACCCGCUACCAUCGACGACGACAACGACAACAACCACUAAUCUUCCCACAAAACAAGAACAACCUAGUAUAAAUCCAGCCAUUGGUCCAAUAUGGACUGAUACAAUUACAAUCAAUUUUAACUCGAACCAAAAAUUCGCGCUUCCAACACAACCACCACCCUAUAUGAACCCUAUGAAUGCUCAUGCUUGGAUAGAUUCGAAUAUAAGCAAUCUCACCUCUAACCAAAUGACCGCGCUUUCAACACACCACCAACAACAACAACACAAUAUGAAUACCACUUUGAAGCUUAGCCCAAAUGAGACAAACAAUCUUCCAACAAUGUCUCCUAAAAGUCCCUUAAUGAUGAUCAAUAGUAAUAUCAACAUCUCAACUAGCAUGGCUAAUUCAGGCAUGACUAACCAUUCAAAUGUUACAACUACAUCAUCAUCCAUUGAUUCAUUCUUCGAUGUGGGAUCAUCUCCAGGUAACUCUGAUAACCUGAAUUGUGCUAGCUCAGAUUAUGAUCCAACUUGUACAAUAUUGGAUCGUUUAGCAAAGGGGAGGUCUCGGCCUGAGAAGGGGAAGCUCCUACAGUCUGUGAUGGACGCAGGUCCGCUACUCGACUCGCUUCUGAUGGCCGGAUCACUGCCUAAAUGGACGAAUCCGCCACAAGUAGCGUAUGCUCAACAGGUUCCUCCAGUACCUAUAUCAAUGAACAAACGUCCACGAUACAAUGAUAUUUGGUAGUGGUAGACUGGUAGUACUAAAGAAUUUAUUUGUCUCUAGAAUUUUUAUGGUGAUAGAUUGCCGUAACUAGAGAAAUUAUGUAUAUAGGAGUAUUGAUUUUAAUGAUAUACAAUUCUUUAUUGAUACUAUCUUUUUUAAUGAA